GUUUGUUCACGAUUUCUCCACCCCCGGAACACUUGUAUAAAGAACCCCAAUGACAACCUUUCGUUUCGCAUUAUCCUGUAAAUAUGAAUAAAGUUGUAGGCGUUUUGCGGAGGACCUUUGGCAUAGUACGCGAGCACGUCGGAACAGAUCACUUGGGGAAUAAGUAUUACUUUGUCCCCGAACAGAAGACAUGGACAGGAAGACGUGUCCGUGCCAAGAGGAUGGUGGAGGCCUCCAAUCCUACAGAGUAUGAAUAUAUGGAAGGCAGCAUACCAAUCGAGUGGGACGCUUGGAUCCGAGGCAGACGGAAGGAGCCUCCCUCGGCUGAGGAGCUGGCAAACAACGAGGCCUACAGGCAGCAGAUCAAGUUGAAGGCCAGGGAGUGCGAGGAGAAAGAUGCUUACCUCAAAGCGAAGGAAUACGAAGAAGGUCUGGUGGCGACGCCUUCCAGAACGGUGGCUAAGGGCCAUGCUGCUGCCACCAGCUUUGGCAAGCAAGAGAUCAGUGAGGAACCCACCAGCACCGCCAACACGUUCCAGCCGGGUUCCUGGCGGCCUAAUCCCAAAAAUUAGAGACUUAAAAGGCGAGGACAGUACAAUACAACACAAUCUGAGGGAACUGAUCAGAGGGAAAAUGUUUCUUUCUUAUUGCGAGAAGAUGAUAGAAAAUAAUAAAACAUGCUGCAAGUACUAUAAUUAGUGAUGGUCUUGUCGUGCUUGGAUAGGUCUAUAAAAACACAUUAGAUGCAAUGUGCAAUGAAUUGUGGUCUCAGUUUAAGAUACACCUGA